GUCAGAUUAGCUUAUUAUUUCAAAACAUUUUUCUGAGUAAACAGUUCUGUGAAAAAAAUAAAAUAAAUUAAUUAAAAAUGCCAGAGGCUCUUAAUGGCGAGGAAUACGAUGCAACUCAGUUGCCUGAUUAUCUGAGACUUUAUUAUAAGCGUUUGUUCCCGCAUAAACAGUUCUAUCGCUGGCUUUCUUAUAAUUUAUCUGAGGAUGGGAUCUUUACGCACCGAGAAUUCUCAUUUACAAUGCAGGACGACAUUUACAUUCGCUAUCUAUCAUUCGAAAAUCAAUCUGAGAUGGAAAAAGAAAUUUGUGCCAAAAUUCCACAUAAAAUUGAUAUUGGUGCUGUGUUUAACAUACGACCCAAAAAUCAUCGAUCAAAUCCAAACAUUAAGCCAAUGCAGCGUGAAUUAGUUUUUGAUAUUGACUUGACAGAUUAUGAUAAUGUUCGUACAUGCUGUAAUGAGGCGAAUAUCUGUAACAAAUGUUGGAAAUUUAUGGCCGUUGCAUGUAAAGUCAUCGAUAUAGCAUUAAGAGAUGAUUUUGGAUUUGAACACAUACUGUGGGUGUUUUCAGGAAGACGUGGUGUUCAUUGUUGGGUUUGUGAUAAAACAGCAAGACAUCUUGACACUAAAGGCCGUGGUGCUAUUGCUGACUAUUUACAACUAUCAAUGAGUGGUGGCGAAAAUUCAGUUUCGAAAGUUACACUUUUCGAUAAACAGCAUCAUAGCAUUCGUCGUGCACGUUCCAUAAUCGAACCGUUAUUUAAUGAAAUCAUUAUUGAUGAUCAGAAUGCUUUUGGCUCAGCAACGGGCACUGAGAGACUAUUGAAAAUGGUUCCUGAUGAGAAUUGUCGAAAGGAAUUGCAAAAUUUAUUUUCAACGACAAUUGCUGACUCGAAAAGCAUCUGGAGUACAUUCGUUGGAUAUUUUGAGUCAAUGCGUGUAAAAAGUCAAUUGAAGCCAAAACUUCGACACAUUAUUGAGGAAGUACAGUUGGCAAUGCUCUAUCCACGGCUUGAUAUUAAUGUCAGUAAAGGCACAAAUCAUUUAUUAAAAGCUCCAUUUUGUGUUCAUCCAAAAACUGGCAAGAUUUGUGUGCCUUUCAAUCCAAAUUUAGCAACAAAGUUCGACCCAACAACAGUUCCGAAAGUAAAUUUGCUUCUUAAUGAAAUCGAUACAUUUGAUCAGAAGAAUACUGAUGCAACUGAGACGCCAGAGGAUAAAGCGAGUCGGGUUAAGGACUUCAAGAAAACAUCAAUGUUUAAGUCGACAGUGAUUUUCGAGGAAUUUAUCCGCAAACUCGAGCAGAGUACUAAGGCUCAAGCUAUAACUGUAAGCGAUAAAAGGAUGGAAUUUUAAUGAAGAACAAAAAAAUAAUAUUUUAUUGUAAGAAAUUGCUCUCAUUUCCACAUUAUGAUUAUUGCUGUGCUCUUAUUUCUAAAACGGAUGCUGACACAAAACCACCAAGAAUUUUCAUUGCUUGUUAUUUCUACUGCUUCGUUUGGGAUUAUCAUUUUUAAGGGGGUUUAAGCUGAUGCUAAAGGCUAUUAUGCUGUCUAAAGUGAUAAUUUAAGAACAUUUUAUUUAAAAAUUAUUCUGUAAUGGUCUGUAAGGAUUUUGUUAUUAAAAGGAAUUGUAUCAGAGUAAGUGUUUGGAUCAGAUUUAGCUUUAUUUUAUUUAAUCCAUCGGAUUAAAAGUAAUCUAGUAAAUUUAUUUGCUUGACAUUUCUAAAUGAAUUUGACCGUUAUUUUUCAAAUGUGUUGUAACCGUUAUUUACCAAACAUUAAAAACGCAAAAAAAUAAAAGCUUCAAACUCAUCAACACCAAAAAGCUUCAUUAAGGCAAACCAAAAUCUCAUGCGCCACUUCAACAUUGCCAAAAUCAAUCCCCGACUCUCAAAAAAUAAACAAUUUGAUACACAGACACGCAAAGGAAACAUAUUCGAAAUAUCAGCACGUGUUGUGCUGUGAAUGAACUUUUCUUUUUAUAUUGUUGGAACUUUUUUAUAACACGAGAGCUUUUUUCCGU